UUCGCCCACUGCCAAGGCCACAGUAGUUGCGAAGAGCUGCGGAACGAUGGCGCCAACAACCGUGAAGGUAGUCUCAGUGUUCUUGUUGCUGGCAAUCGGUGGUACGGAGUGUAAUCCUUUUUUCGGAAAUAAUUAUGUGCUUCCACAAGGAGCACGUCUGGCGAAUGCUGCAAAUGCUGUGGUACGAAAUUUGGACGCUGCCCAGACGCAAGUUCGCGUCUCCUUGAUCAAUCCAACGGCGUCGGAAUUUCUGAAUGCUGGAGCCACGGCCCUGAGGGAGUACGUCGGCAAUACGACGCUUGUGAUGGGACAAAUGUUCCGAGAGGUGGCACAAGUUGCAGUCGAUCGUACUACGGCACCGGCCGUGGUCUUCACCAGGCUAACGCUCGCUGUACAAGGUGUGUCCCAGUGGAACCGAAACCUAUCCCAAUCGCUGGAUGUGUUCAAGCAGGUGUUUAACUACGAUGACAAUUCCAAUACGGCCUCUUAUAUGGAGUCGUUGAGAAAUUCGUUCUCCAAGAACGUCCAGGAACUGUCGGAGGUGUUGGGGCGUUUGGGCGAUGCGAUUCUGCUAGUUGCUGGACAACCACUAAAUACGCAGCAGUUCUUGGAAGUUGUAUCUGCCAACGGUACCCUACAGCAGCUGCAGGAUGUGGUGGAAUCGGCCGUACGUCUAUCAGCUGACUAUUCCGCGAGUGUAACCAAGCUGGUGGCCGCAGUUCGUGCCGCCAAUGACUUCCAGUCCCGAUCGUACUCAUUGUUGCGAACUAAUCAGGCAUCGAUCAACACCAAUGUUGAUCGUUACACCUCUGCAUCAAAUGCAUCCUUUUACCGUUUCCUCACAGCGGCCGAUUCGCUCUUUACUCAUCUGAAAGACACGAACGAAAGCUUCGUCUUCCGUUGGCCACUUCUGUUCAGCACGGCUGUACAGGAUAAGUUAAAUCUGCUCAACCAUUCUAUCGAUCAUCUGACCUGGAACUUAAUGCAGCGUACCGCAACUGUUACCCUAAAUUUGCAGCGCACCAGUGCACUGUUCAAAGAGGGCAACAACACACUGAGCUACUUGCGUGAAGAAACCGAUCUGUAUACUCGGGUCAUGCUGAAUGUGCUGUACGAUGAAAAUUUCUGUGCAACCGGGUUCGUUACGUCGUUUAACGCGUUACCGGCACGGGUAACUACGCUCGUAGCGGCAUGUCUAACUGAGCAGACGAACCUGGAGAGUCAAGGUGCGACACAGCUCGUAUCGCUAGCCAACAGUUUCCUUCGACCGUACGUUACUGCCAUCUACGGACGACUUAAUAUCUGUUUCCAGCAGCCGUUCGAAAAAAUGACGGAAUGUUUAGACAAAAUUGUUGAGACCAUCGACUUCAGGGGAAAGUUCUUCUUGCUCGACCUAGCCAGCCAACUAUUCUUCGAACAGGUACAGCAGGAGCUGCCAUCCUGUAACGAUCGCCUGCUGGAGUUUGUUCGGAACUCUGGACUACGUGAGGCAUGUCUGAUUUAAAGGAAGCAACAUUAGCAAAUGG